GAUUUGAUAUUUUGAGAUAAGUUAAGUAAAAAAUACAUAAAUAGUAAGCUAACAGUCGGUAGCACGUUAGCAUUAUCUUAUUUAGCACCAAAAAGACGUGUAAAAAGACAUGAUUACACAUUCUUCAAUGGUACAAUUUUUUUAUUUAUGUAUUUGGUAACCUUGAUUUGAUAUUUUGAGAUAAGUUAAGUAAAAAAAUACAUAAAUAGUAAGCUAACAGUCGGUAGCACGUUAGCAUUAUCUUAUUUAGCACCAAAAAGACGUGUAAAAAGACAUGAUUACACAUUCUUCAAAGGAACAAUUUUUUUAUUUGGUACCCUUGAUUUGACAUUUUGAGAUAAUUUAAGUAAAAAAUACAUAAAUAGUAAGCUAACAGUCGUUAGCAUGUUAGCAUUAUCUUAUUUUGCACCAACUUGGAUGUCGAGCGUUGAUCUAAAACUUUUAAUCAAUGUUUUUGUGUCAGAAAACUGACUAAAUACAUGAUCUGUGGGGUGUUUAAAAGUAAGUUGCUGCAGAGCCACUAUUUUGCUUGUAUUAAUCACAGCUUCUGGUAUGUUUGGUGGCGUUAGGUUAUGUUGCUGCUCUUAGGGCAGGAAAACUGUGCUGUAUUAAUCUGAAUGUCUGAUGUGGUGUUAUGUUAUUGCUCUUAGCUGCCAAAGACAAACUUCUGUAAUUGUUCAUUAACAAAGUACCAAUUAUAGUACGAACUUUUAACACCUGUGUUAAUAUUUGUGAUGUGUUAAUAUAUUGUCAUUAUGUCAACUUAUAGCCCUCUCUUCAAGGGGAAUUUCUUUUGGAGAAAAAUGAAUGUCUUAAAAAUUAUGAAGUCAGAAGGACUACAUAGAGAAUCCAAAAUUGGACAAAUUGGUCCUUAUCCACUUUAUGUGAAAAGUUUUGAAUCACUAAUAGACAACAACAAAGUGUCUGAUGAGGUCAUGGAUGCCUUGUUUCACCUGUUCAGCAUGAGGCAACCUGAUGUUCUGGCUAUUAAUACCCACACCCUGACUGAUAUUCUGGAAGGGAAACCAAGAGCAAGGAGCCGUUACUUUACCAAGAGGAACAUCUUUGAAAACAUAAAGGAGAUCAUCGGUCCCUAUCUGGAGUGUGGGAAUCACUGGACCUUUUUUCACUGCAGUAUUGUUGAUCAUACUAUUACUUACUUAAAUUCACUGGGGGAAGAAGAUGAACAGUACUACAAAUUAGCAGAAAAUUGGAGCAUAUUUGCUGCAUCAAAAGGCUACCGGGGACCGUGGAAAAGAACAAAGAGGAACCAUACCCUUCAGAAUGACACUAUUUCAUGUGGCGUUUUUACAGCAGUGUUUGCUGAGGCUUUUUUAGGUGACACAAGGGGCUAUCUUGCAUGCUCGCCUGUACUGCAGGAGAGAGAACGACUGGGGAUAUUUCUAUUCAGUUCACUUGGGGGAUUUCUGGUGGAAAGUGUUUUGAAGGUUUCGGACUUUAACCAAGCAAAAAGAUACCUGGUUACAUCAGAAGAACUGCAAAGGAGAUGCUCCCUACCAGAAUGCUACUCCGCAAACACAGUAGUGGCCUACCUACGGAAGGCCAAGGGCCAAAAACAGAAAAUUACAGAGAAGUUGGUGGAGUUGGAGGUGACGCCCUCAAAGCGCACAAAGUUAACUUCACAGUGCUCAAAACUUUGUGAAGAUGAAUGCAGCGAUCUGGCUGGUGAUUUAACAUACUUGGCAGCAAAAUUCAUUCCCCAGAAAAAGGUGGCUCAAGCCUUGUUGGAAGAGGGGAAUUUACAUACAGCCAUGGCCAAAACAGAAGAAUGCAGGAAGACAUUGAAAGCUGUACAGAAUGCUUUAGAGUCUAAUUGGGAAACAUAUGAUCUGGCAACACAUGGUCUUGGGCCUGCUGUUAUAAAAGGGACCUUUUCAUUAAUUGAUUCAUGCCUUAAAGAGAAAAUGAGAGCACUAAAAUCAAAAGACUCAACAGAUAAGUAAGGCUUUUUUGCACUUUAUUGUUGAAUUGUUCAAAUGCUUAAAUGUUAAUGUACACAAUCCAGAAGUAUAAUAAAAAUACAAAACAUUA